AUGAAACAUCAUCGGUUUUAUGUUCGUUAUUAUGUGGGGCAUAAAGGUCGAUUUGGUCAUGAAUUCAUUGAAAUAAUAUUUCAUUCCGAUGGAUUGCUUGAAUACACAAAUAAUAGUGACUACAAGGGAGAUGGAGAAAUUAAAAAGCAAGUAUAUGUCACUGAUAUAGUUUUGGAUCAACUGAAGAGGAUGAUUUUGGAAUCACAUAUUCUAGAUGAGGAUGACAGAAAUUGGCCAUUACCUGACAAUGUAGGAAAAUCAGAAUUAGAAAUUGCCCUGGAUCGCAAACAUAUUUCAUUUUGUACCACAAAGAUACAAACUCUCUCUGAGGUUGCCAAAUCCAGGGAUCCAGAGGGUCUGAAAAACUUUUAUUACCUCACUGCAGACCUGAAGGAUAUGGCCUUAUCGCUCAUCAACAUGCAUUUCAAAAUGAAACCAAUUUUAUAUUAA